GUCCUCAUGGGAUAAUAGUGUGCCGCCGUCGCACCCGAUGUAGAGGAGCAAACCGUCACAAAAUGGGGUUUUCGAUUUUCAUUCCCUCAGCCCUCACAAGUCACAGCUAUCAGAAAUCAGAUACCGAUGGCUUCCCCUGGUUCGGCGGUCGACGCCCAAGGCUCCAGGCGACCACUGGGGUUUCUAGCCAACGCGAUCAAGAGGAAACACAGCUUCAUCCAGCUGGGCGCAAUGACCGGGAUUCUGCUCCUGAGCGUCAGAUCGCUGGGGCAGAAGUACCGGAUCCACGACCUCGAGGACGACACGGCGGCUCUCAGGGAGGAGCAGCAGACGCUUGCCGACCGUAUGAAGACCAUCAAGGAAGCUUUGCUGCGUGAAGCGUCGCUCGAGCCUUCCGGCCGCUUCGCUUCUCGACUCCGCAGUCUCUUCGGCGAGGGAGAUUCGAACUAGCGUCCCGGCGAUACGGUAGCUCUAUCUCGCGAUCCUCCUGUGAGUCUUUUGGUUUCCUCGGUUCUCUUAUUUUUGGAUUGGUGGUGGAAAUGGAGACUAGUUGAGCUGGAGUGCUGGACUUUUUUUUUCAAAUAACAGGAAUUGGUGGAAUGCCUAUUAUCAUAAUAAUGAACAACUGUUAGGCCAGACUUAUGUUUAGUAGGAACUAGGAAAUGUGUAGUUGCAGACUCGUUAAGACAUGUGGAAUUGCACUUUUCAAGCUUGUGUCAGUAGAAUUCGGCCAAGAGUUCUAAUUAUUUGGCUCAUGAAAAUGAUGAACAAGCGCUAGGACAGACUUCUGUUUGAUGGACUUGGUAGAAAAUUUGUUGUUGCAGACUCUUCAAGAUGAGUGAAACCGAAGUUUUCAAGCUUCCGUAACUUGAAUUCGAUAAAGAGUUCUUACUUUCUGUCCAUUUUUUUGGCUCCUUGAGCUUGGGAUAUAACCAUUUUGUGGACGGAGAUGGUGCACAAUGUGCUGUUUGGUUUCACUUGCAAUUGUCUGAUUAAAUCAUUUUCUCAUAAUUAGCAUCCAGUCUAUGGGUUGGAUGCACCGACUGUGGUAAUUUCUUUGCUGCAUGUUAUGGAAAUGGUACUCGGUGGAUGUUUUUAGGUGUGCACAAUGUUUUUCUCAUGGUUGUUCUGAUUGAAGCGAUUUGUGAAUCAAAAGUAUUUCCUCCCAUUAAGAGCAGGAUAUAGAGUUUGCAAGACUGUUAGAGAUGAGAAACUUGGUAUAAUAAUAGGCAUUUCUUUGUGGAUCACCAGCUCAUGCUAGGAGCUGAUUGAUAUAUAGACUAUAGUAGCCGUUCUUCAACCGAAAAUACUUUCAAGGAACUUAGAUUUCGAGCUGUGGUUUUUAGUUCCACUGCUCAUCUUGAGUUCAUUUGGAGUUGCUUGAAACUCGCUUGAUAUCUUUUGUUGACACAGCUCGCCACAACUACCAGACUCUCGGGAUUGUUUUCGAGUUAUUGAUCUAGCGCAAUGAUUUUGUAGUGUGUGUGUAACAAUGCUUGCAUGCUGGAUAUGUUUUGUUUUUGGAAGGUCUUAAUCAAUCAACAUAGGAAAGACUCUCAUUCCUCAACUUUGACUGUGAAUGUUAGAGGCCAUAGUCUGAUUCGUGAAAUGAAAACCACUUACUGGAUAGGUCGACUUCAGGUAUAGUAAGGGAGAACUAGACAGAGCAAAAUUAUCCAUCCAUUGCGGGGCAUUAAGGUUGGAGAGAUGUACACACAAGUAAAAUCUAGAGUUCGAUUGACACUGCAAAGUGCGGAAGUAGUCUAUUAUGUCUGCCUAGUCGAGUAUCAUCUGACUCGAUUUGUGCUAGGAUGUGUAUUAAUCGAGUUGCAGUUCUGUGGUAGCACAGGUAUUAUUUUUGACUUGCCCCUCUCCGCUAUGCCUAUUUUUAACUCAUCCUAUCUUGAUUUACCUCAAUAUCUAUUUAGCUGUCUCAUAUUUUAACUUUCUUUACUUUCAAUAAAUCUUCUAAUUGAUG